GUCAACGUAUUGUCACUGUCAGAUACUGUCAUUAAUGCGAAGUUAUUAAGUUUUAUGUAGUUAAACAUUUAACUCGUGUAAAUAUGUUAUAAGAUGUAUUAGUCAUUUUAGGAAUGCACGCAUUUAAACCAGUUUGCUGUAAUAAGAUUAAAGAGUGCACACGUGAAUGUGUUUUACUAACGCAUAAAGAAUAAAACGUGACUAUGACUAACACCGUCGUGGAUAUUUUCAUGUGCAAGAUUAAUUAAACAAUUGCUAAACAAUGGGUGAUAGUAUUGAAGAGUGUUCAGACUGCUCAGAAACCUUCACGCAAGAUGGUGUACUCCUGAAGCAGGCUCCUGCCAAUUACAUGUCCCAUAUCAACGCAAUCGGAACCUUAUAUAUUACGGAAUGCCCAAACUCGAGUCGUCAGAGAUUUAUCGAAUGGAAACCCAAUGAAAUUACAAUCGAGCCUGAAAUACAAGAUCAGGAAUGGGCGCUAGUCAAUACCAUCCAGAAACGAAGUCGCACUUUAAGCGGUAAUUUUCAACCAGAUUAUCACAGCCGGCCAAAAUACAUUAAAUUCAGUUUUAAUGACAUCAAAAGUUUCCGAAUUGCCAACAAAAGCAGACAGCUUACUUUCUAUGAUGGCAAAUCGGAGAGCAUGUGCAGCUUCUUGUUUAAUAACGGAAACUGCGACAUGAUGGUAUCUCUGAUUAAAACAAUGCUAAAAACAGGACCGUCCAGAAGAGACAAGCACCUAUUUAUAGUGUAUGACUCAAACAACUUAGAACUACAACGACUGGACAGGUCGUUUGCUGAACUGAAUUUACAAAACGAUGGACGGACCUUUUGGAAUAUGGUCAAGAACAUCAGAGACCAUCCCUAUGAGGCCACUUUUGAGGCAUUCGCCAAAGUCACGGAUUAUGUCUAUCGAAGUCCUGAGCAAAGAGAAAUAGAUGACAAUCAACGAGAAGAUUUGAACAGGAGCCUAUCAGAAUACGAGAACACCACCACUCACUCGCAAGGGGAUUACGAAGUGAUAGCCAAAGUACCGGAAUUGCCCCCACGGAAGGACUUCCCUAGGCUGCGGCCACUUUCCGUCGAACAGUGGAGGGGCCAUUUGAAUUGUGAGGGAAAAAUCGAGGAUGUCGAAUCCAUAAAAACGUUGAUUUUCAGAGGGGGUGUUACGCCUUCCUUAAGGACCGAAGUAUGGAAGUUCCUCUUAGAGUAUUACCCGUGGUCUAGCACCGAAGCAGAACGUCAGAAACUCGUGCAAACCAAGAUAGAUGAGUAUUAUAAUAUGAAACUUCAGUGGAAACGUAUGACAAAAGUACAGGAAGACAACUUUUCUGAUUACCGAGACAGGAAGAGUUUGAUUGAGAAAGACGUCAACCGAACGGAUCGAACACUUGAUUUCUUCGCUGGAGACAACAAUUCAAAUUUGCAGAUGCUGAACGAUAUUCUCAUGACGUAUGUUAUGUACAAUUUCGAUCUGGGUUAUGUACAGGGCAUGAGCGACCUUCUGUCACCAAUAUUGCAGCUACUUAGGAACGAGGUUGAUGCCUUUUGGUGUUUCGUUGGCUUCAUGAACAAAUUGAUUUCGAAUUUUGACAUAGACCAGGCAGGCAUGAAAGAACAACUCAACAACCUGCACACUCUUCUGGCUUUCAUUGACCCUAAAAUGUCCGACUAUCUGGAUAAGCACGACUCCGGCAACAUGUUCUUUUGUUUCCGCUGGCUCUUAGUAUGGUUUAAAAGGGAACUAAGCCAAGAAGAUGCCAUGCGGCUCUGGGAGGUCCUAUGGACAGGGUUCCCCUGUGAUAAUUUCCACUUGCUCGUGUGCGUCGCUAUUCUGAUAACAGAAGCUGACACAAUCAUACAGAACAACUACGGAUUUACGGAGAUCUUAAAACAUAUCAAUGAUCUGAACGGCAGACUUGACAUGGCGGUGAUGCUGAACAAAGCCGAGGGCAUAUUCUAUCAAAUAAAAGAGGCCGAUCACCUCACCGACAAUGUCAGGCUAAUCCUAGGCCUACCGCUUCUAGGCAAUCAAACUUCUUUUGAAAGUCACGAACAGUCGCCAUUCGAUGAUAGCGCCGAGUUGAGCAACGGCACUCAACCUUACUGUUCUCUGGAGCACGUCAGGAUAAGUCCCGACGAAGUGACAUAUGAAAGGUCACUGAAUUCAAGUUUUUUAUAGUAGUUUAAGAGUAAGACGAUAUUUAGUAGUAAUAUUAGCACUUUUUUUUUGUUUUUAAUCACAGGUCAAGAUGAAGUGUGUAGGAUGAAAGAAGUGUAAUCAGUAUAAAAAAUUUAAAUAUAUUUUAUGCGUCAUUUGGGAAGGACAAUUUUACAGUUUAUUUUCGGGCAAUAAAGGGCAUGUGGAAAAUAUAAGCAGAAAAUUUAGACUAGUAAAAAGAAUGGUAUAAGUUCCUAUGAAGUUUUUUUUGAAAACUCCAUAUUUAACAUUAACAUAAUCUCAAAAUUACUUUUUUGCCACAUUUUUUUUUUCAGUUAAGCGAUUUUUUCACAUUUUGAUACACCUAUAAGCAACAAAUUUUACCUGUGAAAAAAAGUUGAUUAAAAUUGUAAAGCGUUAAAGAGGUUAAAUGGCCCUUUUUGAAUAGAAAAUUUGUCAUGUCUUAUUUAUUUGAUAAAAAAAAUUUAUACUGGAAAUUGCUAAAAAUCUUACAAAAAAGUUUUCUUGUUUCAGACCAAUGAUAAUGUCGAUUGUAAUAAAAAAAUACAUUUCAAGAGCUAUUUAAAAACUAUGUAUGUAAUUUGUUCUUAAUAAUAAAUGUACCAAAAUCGAAAGUCAGUUGUCUGGAAAAGAAGUUAUAAGAAAAUAUUAAAUAAUUUGAGGUUAUGUAACUCUAUUAAUAUUAGUGAUGGGCAUAAUCGACCAAUUUUGAUA